GAAAACGUCACUCAAACAUAGGAUAAAAGGCUUAUAUAUUUUUAUUUCUUUUGUCUCUGUCUCUCUCUUUCAUUCUCAUGCUUUGUACGAUUUUUUACUCCAUAUGUCGAUUGAUUUGUAUGGCCAAAUGAAUACGUUCGUAUUUUGAAUAAAUUCACUGUGGGGUCUGAUUGUCACAAACCAUUUGUUGACAGUUUACAAACAUUCAAAGGCGCUUUCGCCUACUUAAGCUUGUGCACAAUAUUGUUUGUUUAUAGAUGGUCUUGAACAUAACGACUGAAAAGUUUUAUCGAUAACAGAUUUUUUGUUCGUGUCACCGUAAAUCGAAUUGAAAAUUUAUUAGGCCGAUUUGUAAAAUUCAAUCAAGGGAUAUAUAUAUAUUUUUUUUUCUCCAACACAAAGUGUAGAAGGCAAGAACGAUGGCAACAAGUGUAGUUGCACCAAGUAAAAAGUCGACCGCCACCACCAGCCAUGCAACUGGAGCCAGUGGAAAUUCAGGACGAAAAAAAUCCGGUCCAAAAUUCGAUUUGACAGAAGAACAAAAAGCCGAUAUCAAAGAAGCAUUUAAUCUGUUUGAUACAGAAGCCACCGGUUUAAUUGAUACAAAAGAAUUAAAGGUGGCGAUUCGUGCAUUGGGGUUUGAACCAAAAAAAGAAGAAAUUAAACGAAUGAUUGCAGAAGUGGACAAAGAUGGUACUGGUAAAAUAUCAUUUGGCGAUUUUCAACAGCUGAUGACAGUGAAAAUGGCCGAAAAAGAUUCAAAUGAAGAAAUUUUGAAAGCAUUUCGAUUAUUUGAUGAUGAUGAAACCGGAAAAAUUUCAUUUAAAAAUUUAAAACGUGUUGCCAAAGAGCUCGGAGAAAAUCUGAACGAUGAAGAACUGCAAGAGAUGAUUGAAGAAGCCGACCUCGAUGGCGAUGGUGAAGUAAAUGAAGAGGAAUUUCUACGGGUUAUGAAAAAAACGAGUUUAUACUAAUGAAAUGAAAACACUUCAACAGAAAACAAAAAUAGUUCACCACAAACGGAUAAACAAUGAAACAAAAAAUAUAGUCAUAUUUAUAACGUACAAAUAAUAAUCAGCUAAGAUGUAAUUUAGUGGAAAUGUUUUUGUUUUUGAAAAACGUGCACCCGCAACAAAUAAAAAAGAAAUUACAACAAAUUCACAAACAAAUAGAUAAAAUCCAAACAUGAAGGAAAAAUAGAAAACAGCAUAAGGAUCAGCGUGCAUUUAGCGAACGAUACAUUUUUUUAAACUUAAGUUUAUAUUGCUUUUUUCGUUGUUGUAUAAAAAAAAGCCUUUGGUUAAGCGUAAAACGCGCAUUUUAUUUGCGUAUAACGUAAUAAACAUUCUAGAUAGUUCAAUAUUAUAUUUUUUUCUUUUCUGAAUAUCAUACUUGGAAUGUUUUAUUUAUGUUGAAAUGACAGUGUUCAUCAGUUGUAUAAGUCGUUAGAGUUUCUUUUUUUUUUGGUUUUUGAUUUCAUUUUUCGUCAAAAUAUCCGCUAAAAUAAAACAAAAUCAACUAUUUUUGAUACGGUAAUCAAAUUCGAAUUAGAUUGGAAAACAAGAUCAAAAUGGUCAAAAAAACAUGUAUUCACUGACAGGAAAGCCAUAAAUAAAUGUUAUUAACAAUUUUUCUUCAAAGAAAAACACCGUUGGCAUUUAUAAAUGUAUCUAAACUGAAUAAUAAAAACUUCGAAUUACAAUUGACCUCAACAAUGUGAACAAUGAAUCAAAUUAUGACAGAAA